AUGCGUUUCAUCUCUGGUUCUUCCGUGGCUACGGCCAUGCUCCUCCUCUCUCUCGGAGCAGAUGCCACCCCCAUCAAGUCAAAUAAAUCUCACCGGAACAGAAGAAGCCUCGAUUCAACUACCUGGAAGCCAACCGCCUUUGCUGAAUCAAGCAGCCUCUCCAAGUCACCCAACUACGUUCAGUUGAAAAAAGUGACUGGUGGAAGCGCCAGACACAGCGCCGCUAAUCUCAAGGGCUUGACUACCCCUACAGCCAAUGCCUCUACGGGGUUGAUUUCUCUGCUUGAGGGCCAGGAAUUUGCGACUGAGAUUAAGAUUGGUACGCAGACUUUUGAAGUCAUCCUCGAUACUGGCUCGAGUGACACCUGGGUCGUCGAAUCUGGGUUCAAAUGUGUGGAUGUUUCAACUAAGAAGAAUGAGUCCGAAUCGUACUGUAAUUUCGGAACUCCCUACAAAGUCGAAAAGACGUUUAAGACAAACAAGAAUGAAAGGUUCAAAAUUGGAUAUGGUGACGGCGAGUUCCUGACCGGUAUAAUGGGCACCGAGGCUGUCACCAUGGCUGGUAUUAAAGUCGAGCACCAGACUAUUGCGCUGGCUAACUAUGCUGGUUGGUACGGUGAUGGCACCACCUCAGGCCUCGCUGGUUUUGCUUAUCCUGCUCUAACGAGCGCCUUCUCCUCCAACGGCACACAAAAGGUUUACAACCCUCUCUUCACUACCAUGUACAAGGAAGGAUUGGUCGACUCGUACUUCAGUCUUGCUAUUCUUCGCGAUGUUUCUGGCCCAUCCGGAUACCUCACCCUUGGAGGUCUACCCCCUAUCGACUUUGACGAGACUUUUGCCACUACCCCUAUUCUUGUCACCUCCAUUUCUGGAUACUCUAAAGGCUACGACUUUUACACCAUUGAAGUUGAUAACAUCAACUUGAAUGGAAAGGCUCUUUCCAGCGUAUCGGGUGCUAGGUACAUUGUCGACUCCGGCACAACCCUCAACUACUACCCAACCAGCAUGGCCAACGCAGUCAACGCGGCUUUCUCUCCUCCAGCUGUUUACAACGCUACCCAAGGUGCCUACGUUGUUGACUGUAAGGCUACAGCCCCCGCGCACUCCAUCACCAUUGGCGGCAAGGAAUUCAUCGUCAACCCCUUGGACAUGAUUCUGUAUGUGGGUGAUAAUACGUGCAUCUCCGGUAUUGAGGAUGGCGGUGAUGAUCCUUCGCAGGAUUUGUAUAUCUUGGGAGAUACCUUCCAGAAGAAUGUUGUCAGUGUCUUUGAUAUUGGUGCGGUGGAAAUGAAGUUCGCCCCCAAUGUGAACUAUAUUUCCAACGAUACUUAUUAG